GCCAAAAAUUCCCGGAUCGCAAAUGUAAACAGAAGAAUCCAAGUUCAAAACAAACAGGGAAGAGUAGACCCUCCCCAAGCAUUUUACUCAUGAUUGGAGAAACCUGACUCCCACCAUGCCGAGUGCCACUGAGGUGCAGAAUGUCCCCCCACGGGAAAAGGGGCAAAGGGGUAUAGACUCCUUUUUUAAGAGCCCAAAAGCAUCUCCUGUAGUCAAGGACAAGAAAGAUCUGUUUUCAUAUUUCAAGAAAGUAAACAGCAGUCCAGACCACUUAAAUGGAACAACUCAAAAGGAGAGCAAAGAAGAGGAAGGAUUGGAAUUGUAUGUUGUCGAGAAGGAAAAGGAGGAUAAUGAAAUAUCUGGAAAUGAGAGUGAAGUUGCCAUAUCAAUUGAUGUGGAGAGUGAAGGAAGUGAUACAGAAAUGGAUGAGCAAACAUCCUCCCAGACAGAUGGGUCAUCCACGGAAAAUUCCACAGAGGAGGGGUCUAGUGCAUCCAUGUCCGAAGAUGAACCAGAGGUGGUAGAGGUAGUAAGGGAGAAAGUCGGCAAGAGCAGUGAAAAAAAUACAGAAGGAUUGAGUUCCGGGAAACAGAACAUCUUUGCAUUCAUGAUGGCUAACAGAAGUAAACAAAAUGAAGUGUUGAAGGAAAUGAGAGAAGAGGAGGAAUCUGUUGAAAAGGACAGUUCAGAAACAUUGCCAAAUAAAAAAGGUGUUAUUAGUAAUAGUGAGGAGGAAGAAUGUGAAGGCAAGAAGAGUAAAAAGUUAAAUGAAUCAAAUGAUACUGUGCAUACUACUGUAGUUGAAAAUGAUAGAAAGAAGAAAAUAAGGAAAGAGAAACGGAACAGGAAAUCUGUCGGUAAAAAUGUGCAAUUGACAGAGACUGAAUCAUCAUCAGAAAGCUGUGAAGAACUUGAAGUAGUCUUCCAGAAAAAUGAUGAUACUUGUGAGAGUGACUCCCACACCCCUGCUGUAGCAACCAAACCCAAACUUAAUAAAGUGUCUGCAUCAUACUCUGGUGGAAAUGCUUUUGCUUUUAUGAUGGCAAAUAGACACAAGCAGGAAAAAGCACUUUCAGAGAAUGAAUCAGGAAAAGGAGAGACCAGUGAGGGUGACAAUAGUGAAAACUCAAAUGCUCCCACAGACAUUACAGAGAAGAAGAAGAACAGAGGAAGGGGUAGAAAGAAAAAGCAAGAGGAUUUAGAUUCAUCACUGGCUGAUUUUGAGGUUUCAGAGAAAGAGGAACCAAAGAAGAUUAGUAAGGUAAGGAAAAUUGUAAGGAAGAAGAAAACAGAUAUUGCAGUUUCUGAGAAAUCAAAUCCUCCAGUUCAGACAUCUGAAGUAAAAACAGAAGAAGGAGUCAGACAACCCAAGAUUCCAACUCAGACAACUGAAACCAAAAUACAAGAAAAGGACACCGUAAAAAUUGCAGAGACUGUCUGUAAAAACAUUUCCGAAGCUACAAGAACUGAUGGGUCAGAAAGGAACACUGAUAACAUUGCAAUGUCAGGUGCAGACCAGAAAUGUCAGACAAGUAUUAAGAAUGAAAAAGAUGCACCUGAAAAGAAAUCUCUUAGUGAGACUGCAGAAUAUGAAGACAACAAUAUUAGGCAAAAGAAUGGUAACAUAAAAGCUCCUAAGGCUAAGAAAGGUAGAGUAGUAGCAGCGAAAAGGAAAAAACAGAAAAUUGAUACUCAAAAUAUAGUAGUAAAAGACAAAUCAGAACAAGGAACAAACAAUAUGGCUGAGAUCCCUGUAGAAAAAAAUGUUACGGCUGAGAUCCCUGUAGAAAAAAAUAUUAAAGCUGAGAUCCCUGUGGAAAAAAAUGUUAUGGCUGAGAUCCCUGUUGAAAAGAAUGCUACAGAAGAAAGACCAAUCAAAUCGGAGAAAAUAAAAAAGGAGAAAGGGGUUAAAAACAAGAAAAAUAUAGCUGCAGUGGAAGUUUCCAGUAUGGAAAAAGAUGAAACUGCAGAAGCUGUGGAACCACCCAGAAAGAGAAGAAGGAAAAAAGUAGACUAUGUAGUAGACUCUGAUGAAGAAGAAGUAGUCAUUAAUCAUCAAACAAACCACAAAGUUAAUCCUGAGAAAACAGGAGACAAAGAGGACACUAUAACUGAUGCUGACACAGAAAAUAGUUCAAAGAAGAGAAACAUAUCAACCUUCUUCAAAAAAAUCUCCAAAGAAGAGAAGGCGGCUGAGAGAAGCAAGAACAUUUUUACAGUCAAGGCUGACGUUCAUGCUCCCUGUGAUGGAAAGCUAGAAUCCAGCCAAGUGGAACAGGCAGCAAAGAGAAAGAAUUUGCAAAGUAAUGAAACUGCUGAGAAAGAGAAUGUCAGUAGCAUCCCCAAAGACAAAAAGAAUGAUAGAAGAAUCAGUAGAAGGAUAAAGAAAAGACAAGAACUUGAGGAGCUAAACAAGAUAGAAUUACUUGAGCAGAUUACGCCAACUAACUCGCCUGUUAAGUUACCAGCACAGAAUUUAAGAGAGAUUAAUAUAACAAGUAACAAUUUAUCAAAGGAAAGUGGGAUGGGCACGAUCACUGAGACAGCAGUAGUGGAGAGUAAAACCUCUGAAACGAAGAAUAACAAUAUUGCAAAGAAAGUAAGAAAUAAGGCAAAUAAGAGAAUAUUACAAGAAGAGGAAAAUGAUUGUGCCAAAAUAGAAGAGAGUAAGAAUGGAGAUGAGGCUAAUAUUCCCCUGCAAGAUCUUCCUUUAAAUGAAGAAAACACAGAAAAGAAGGAACCUGCAAAGAAGUCUAGAAGAAGAUUGUCAAGGAAGGCAGUCAUUGAACCUCCAGUUGUAGUGGAUCAAGCUGAUCUCUCAAAAGAGAAUGAUUUACCUAAGUCGAUAGUAGAAAGUACAGAAAAUCCAUCCUCAAAGGUGGAUACCACAGGGGAUGAGAUCUUUCCUAAAAGUACCAGAGCUACCAGAGCCAGGGGUGUAAACAAAUCAGCGCAAGAUAGUACUGACACUGAUACAAGCAUAGGGUCCAGGAAGAGAUCGCCAAGAACAAGAAAUAACCUGUUAUCGGAUUCCAUGGAGAGUGAGGAUGAUAAGGAGAAUGUUGUUCACUAUACAUCUACACUCAUUCAUAAACCUGGGAAACUGAGCCUGAGAUUGAAGAAAGUUCAACCAUCUUUGAAGACCAAGACCAAAGGAAGAAAAUCUUUAAGCCUAAAGCACAAUAACGUAGCUGAGAGUUGCCCUGUGAAGGCCAAAGCUCGUGAACUUGUUCAAAAGGCUAAACUAGCCAAAAGGAGUCCCAAGGGAAAAGUGAAGAGACUGAGCAUGAGUAGAACCAAAAAGAAAGCUCUGAGCAAUCAUGUUGUGAAGAAGAUAGUUGAACAGAAUGUGGUACAAGUUAAUAUGGUACAAACUGAUAAUGAUGAUGUGGUCCUUAUUGAUGAUGAAGCUUCACCAGUCAAGCCAACAAAAAAGAAAAAGCAGAUGCUUCUCAAGCCUCCAACUGCAUCAACUCCCAAGACAAAACUAGUAAAAAGGAAAGUUAUUAGAAGUAAAAAAGCAAAUCAAAAGGAACCAGAUGAGGUCGAGGUUCUGGAAAGCUCUGCUGGCGAGUCUUCAAGGAGAUCCUCACGGCAAGCAGCAGCAAAUGCAAAGAAAAUGAUAGAAGAGCAGCAGGAAGUUGAAGAAGAAGUAAUAGUUGAGAAGACCAAGAAGGCUGAGAAAGAGAAACCUGUGAAAGAAUCCAAGCUUGCACCAAUAUUUUGUAAGAAGAAGGUUGUAGAACUCUCACCUUCAAAACUGAAAGCUCGACAAGACUUCCUACAGUCCGGUGUACCUGAUCAGAUCAAGAAGCAAGUGUUGAUUGAGAAGAGUCAGGAGGACGAAGUCAGUGAGUGGCCACCAUUCCCAGCUGUCAGUCAUGUCCAACAGAAGAGUGAUACAGAUAGUGUUUGGAGUCUUGUCUCUCCAAAUAUUGAGAAGCUGAGAGAAACAAAUGAAAGGGAUUCCUCAUUAGUGCCACUGGAAACAAAAAUAUAUAGCACUGAUAUGAUGUCUAAAUUAAACAAAGAUAAAUCUAGUACAAAAUUGGGAGUAGGUAAUAAUCCAACACUGGACCUAGCAAGCAUUGUUGCAAUCCUUCUCAGCCUAAAGAAGGAAAACCCCUACUUUCCUGCCUUUUCAGUCUUCAAAUCUUACCUAGACUUGAAGAAGGAUGCUGUAGAUUUGUAUAAAAAAGAAUUAGAAAAGGAAGAAUCCAAGAUUAAGGUAAUAGACCUGGAAGAAGAAGAAGAAGAGGCCAAGAGAGGAAAGCGGAAGAGAAGAAGCAAGGGGUCAGGAGGAAGCAAACGAUCAAGACUAAGUGGAGCAAAAGGGAAAAAGAAGGCAGCCGAGGAAAUGGGUGAAGAUCAAGACACUUCACUUCCCUUGUGGCAGGAGAGAAUUCCACAUGCAUGGACACAAGUUUUCACACCCAAACAUACCAAUCAGGUCAUCGGUAAUACAGGUCAUAUCAGAAAAAUGAAGAUGUGGCUGCAGGAGUGGAAAAGGAAGUCAGAGAUAUAUGCUAAUAAAGAGAAGAAUGGGAAAAAGAAGAAAACAUUUAGAAAAGAUGACGACUUCCUGGUAUCAGAUGAUUCCAGCAGUUUUGGCGAUGACGACUUUGUUAACACAUUUUUGUUGUCUGGACCUCCUGGUAUCGGCAAGACCUCAGCUGUCUAUGCCCUUGCUACCGAGCUUGGUUACAAGGUGCUGGAGGUAAAUGCAUCCUCAAGACGACAGGGAAGACAAGUCAUGACUCAGCUGGCUGAGGCCACGCAAUCUCACUCGGUGUCUAGUAAAACGUCCCAACAGCCUGCCAACACCUUGACAGCCAUGUUUGCUGCUAAGGCAACUAAUACUAAGCCUUCUCCAAAGAAAGUAAACCUCCAUGAAGAAAGCCAGAACUCCAACAAAGAUUUAGAGAGCAAAAAGAAAGUAGCACUUGUCUUGUUUGAAGAUAUUGAUAUUGUUUUUGAAGAAUGGGAUGAAGGUUUUAUCACAACAGUCAAUAAUUUCAUGGCCACUAGCAAGAGACCAAUUAUCUUGACCGUCAGUGACUCAUCACCAAAUGUGCUUGCCAAAAUAAAAGGAAAUUAUGAAAAAUUAGACUUUGCAUCCCCUCCAGAGGACCUUAUAGCACAUCACCUACAAUUGGUCUGCCUUGCAAAUGGCCACCAUAUAUGUUUAAAAGAUGUACAAACUCUUGUUCAUGUCAACAAAGGGGAUGUCCGACAGUCAUUACAUGAUCUUCAGCUUUGGACGAUAUCUGGAUCAUCAUUCCAGACAUGUGAUUGUCUGGAAAAUAGUCAAAAGGAUAAUUCUGAGACAAACAAUGAGGAAAAGCAUAGUAAUUCUUCUAAAAUUGUGAAAGAUUUAAGUCUUGCUGACAUAUUCCCAGAUGCAGAUCAGUUAGACACUUCAAAUGUUGAAUUGUACAAGUCUGGGUUAUGGGGAAAAAGUAAAGGAAGUGCAGCAUUUGAAAGCAAAGCAGUUCUCCAUUGUGAUAGAAGAAAAAUUACUCUGGAAAAACAGCAGGAGUCUGAAGGGAACAUCUGCUGGUCCCAGAUUUCAAGCAACCUCCCCUUACUCCUCCCUCUUCCUCUCACCGAGACAGAGGAGACAAAACCCAAGUAUCCUCUCCAGCCUGACGACCCCCUCCUCAAGACCACUCCUCUGUGGCAGAGACACAGCUGGCUCUCAAUUGAUGAAGAUGAAGAAGAGUCGGAACAGCAGCCUGUGACUGAAGAGAAGAAGGAGAAGGAGGAGGUGGAGGAGGAGAAGGAAGUAAAAGAAAAUGCUCAAAAAAUUCCUCCCAAUAUACAGAAAUCAUCCAGACAGUGUUUAGAGUCGAUGGCCCAUCUUUAUGACACAAUUGCCCAGCUGGAUGUCCUUGAUUCAUCUCAGUUUGAAACUUAUUCUGGAAAGGGGAUAGAGGAACGCGGAUGGUGGACAAGACAGCCCAUGGCAGGCCUUAGUGACGAACAAGAUAACUGUGAUCUUCCCUGGGCAGCUCAUAACUUGACUAAUGAACUCGUCCAGUUCAUAGGCCAGAGAGCUGUGAAAUAUUGUCAUGAAGAAUUAUCAGCUGCACUACCCAAAGAUUCAGUAACAGAGUGGCCGCAGUUGUCUCUCAAGAUCCAUAAUGAUAUGAGGUUACCAAGCCUGAUACCACAUAAGUCCAAAGCCAACAGCCUCAGACAAGAACAUCAACGUAUAGCAGCAUCCAUAACUAAAUGUCUGCCAGCUGUGAACUAUCUUAACAAAAACACAUCCAUGGACCACUUAUCCUGUAUACGAAGCCUCAUUAGAUAUGAUGAGCUUAGUGCUGCAAUAAGUAAAAACAGAAGAGGAAGAAGAUUUUUAAGCAAUGUUGCACACUUAGGCAUUGAUUUAUCAGCUGAGGAAAAAUUAAAAACAGCCAAUGCACUAUUGAGCUAGCUAGACUUGUGAAUCUUUUUACACAUUGUAAUUAUAAUUUUUUUACUGUAGCCAUUUAUUUUCUAUUUAUAAAAUAUCUAUGCAAGUAAAUGAAAGUUUAAAAAUUCAGAUAAAGUUUUAAAUAUUUUAAGAAAUAUUGAGAGGUUAUUUUAGGUACAUAUUCACAUUUGUGUCAUUGCAUCUCAUAUUUUUAUAAUCAUUGUAUCAUUAUUUUAUAAAGUCGUAUCAUGGAAAAUAGUAAAAUUUUAUAAUAUAUAAUCUGAUAGUUUCUUUGCUAAAACCAGUUCUUAUUUAUUAGUAGUCAAAUAAUUUAAUGGUAUGUCACCAAGUGACCUUAUUAGAUAUCUAUUUAAUACCAGUUGAAAAAUCUGGACUGUCCUAUCGUAUAACAACUAUGCAAAAGCCUAAUUUUUUAUACAUGUCAAAUGUAAUCUUUACUGUUUUCAUUUUCAUUUUUCUGCAGCUCAUUCUUCUUUUGUAUCUCAUAUUAACUUCACCUCCCACCAUUCACUAAUCAUAUAUGCCAUUGUUGAUUAGUAAGUCCGUGCCUGCCUCACAGUGCUAAAGUCCGAUACUCGCAUCCCCAAGCAGUUAGGACGGGCAUCUAAUCAGGGCAAAGGUAUCCAUAAUCUGAUUAAAGGAGUCUCCAGGCAUAGACAAGAUCGUUACCAUCUGCAUGUUUAAAUUUCUCUCUCCUUUCCUUUUCAUUUUAUGUUUUUAAUCUUUCACCUGCUACUUGUUUCAAGGUGAGUUCUUGCUAUCAUGUAUCUUUCCCUUUUCUUCUAUCCACUCUUUAUAUAUCUAUAAAUGAUGUUUUUGGUUUCUUUAUCUUGGCUUGAGCAGGAUAUGAAUAUGAUACAACUUUAUUAAUGAUUUAUUUAUAUAUUUAUUUCCAAGAAAUGAAACAUUUGUUUGGAGGUCAGUCUGACUGCUUUUCAUACAAGAUUGACUCUUAACUAGUGUAUUUUGUAGCAGCAGUUUUUGGAAAUCCAUUGCCAAAAGGAUUCGUUAAUUUUGUGGGAUGAAUCAAUAAUCUGUAUUUUCACGCAUUCAGACAUGUCAUAUGUUUUAACAGUGACAGUUUUCAUUAAAUUGUGCAAUAGUUUGUAAGAUAAUUGUAUGAAUGAGUUAAAAAAAUUGUUUUGUUGUGAAUUAUGUAUUUUAGUGUUUGCAGAAAAGUGGCCAUCUUAUGUAUUAACUGUAUUUUAAAGUCUUUUACAUGAAUUUUUAUUUAAGUAAUAUCAGUUUUUACUUUUUUGGUUUAAAUACAUAUAAUAUCUUAGGCCAUGGGAAUGUACAAAUUCUUUUAAUAAACCCGAUU